ACUGACUUGUUUUUUUUGUGAUUGAUUUGAUUCUCUCUUCAGAGAGAAGAAAAAACAAAACAAAAUAAAAAUCAUUUUUCAAGGAAGAACGAAGAGAAACACUUUGAGACGUUUGCUUCUGAACAGACAGAAAAUCUUUGUGAUUCUUUUGGUCAAUUUUUAAAACCAUUCACAAAGUGAAAGUAAAGUUUAGACUGAAAAUGGCUUCACUGUCUGAGGAUGAUUUUUCUUGUCCUGUGUGCUGUGAAAUCUUCAAGAAUCCUGUUCUUUUAUCAUGUAGUCACAGUGUCUGUAAAGAGUGUCUUCAACAGUUCUGGAGAACCAAAAAAACUCAGGAGUGUCCUGUCUGCAGGAGAAGAUCAUCAAAAGAGUGUCCUCCUCCUAAUCUGGCAUUAAAAAACUUGUGCGAGUCAUUCCUGAAGGAGAGAAAUGAGAGACAUUCAUCAGGAUCUGAGGAGAUCUGCAGUUUACACAGUGAGAAACUCAAACUCUUCUGUCUGGAGGACAAACAGCCUGUGUGUGCAGUGUGCAGAGAUUCACAGAAACACGUCAAUCACACAGUCAGACCCAUCAGUGAAGUGUUUCCAUCAUAUAAGGAGGAGCUCAAUACAGCACUAAAGUCCUUACAAGAGAAACUUCAACACAAUGGAAGCAUUAAAGAAGAGUUUGAGGAAACAGUUCAACACAUCAAGUCUCAAGCUGAGCACACAGAGCAUCAGAUUAAACAGCAGUUUGAGAAGCUUCAUCAGUUUCUCAGAGAUGAAGAAGAAGCUACAAUCACUGCACUGAGGGAGGAAGAGGAGCAGAAGAAGCAGAUGAUGAAGCAGAAGCUGGAGGAGAUAAACAGACACAUCUCAGCUCUUUCACACACAAUCAAAGACAUGGAGGAGAUGAUGAAAGCCAGUGACGUCUGCUUUCUGAAGAAGUUUCCAGUCUCAAUGGAAAGAGUCCAGAGCUCACAGCCGGAUCCACAGAUGGCUUCUGGAGCUUUGAUUCAUGUGCCACGUUACUUGGGCAACCUGCCGUUCAGAGUCUGGAAGAAGAUGCAGGACAUUGUCCAAAACACUCCUGUGAUUCUGGAUCCAAACACUGCAAAUAAAUGUCUCAUCCUGUCUGAUGAUCUGACCAGUGUGAGAAACAGCUGGAAUUAUCAACCUGUUCCUGAUAAUCCAGAGAGAUUUGACUGGUAUCCCUGUGUUCUGGGUUCAGAGGGUUUUAAUUCAGGAACACACUGCUGGGAUGUGGAGGUUAAAGAGAGUUCAGCCUGGAGUCUUGGAGUAACUACAGCAUCAAACCAGAGGAAGGGAGAUGAUUUCUUUAACACUGAAGUCUGGUGUGUGUGGUAUGAUGAGGACGGAGCGCCUGAAUCAUCUAUGAAUGAAUUUCCCAUUGAACAGGAUCUUGAUCGUGUGAGAGUGAAUCUGGACUAUGACAGAGGAACGGUGUCAUUCUCUGAUUCUGUAACUAACACACAUCUACACACAUUCACAUCCACCUUCACUCACACACUCUUUCCAUUCUUCUAUGGUUCUUCCUCUCUUAGGAUCUUACCAUUUAAUAGUUAGUAAACAUUACUCCUGUAGUUCUGGAUCUUCCUGCUUUCAUCUUUUACUGUCAUCAUGCUUCCAAUAUUUAAUUCAUCAUAUCACAUGAGCAGGGACGGAUUAUGACUUGCAAAGGCCCUGUGGCCAAUUAUCUCCAAGGGCCCCCCUCCACCACACACCUCCCAUUUUCCAUUCUUCCCCUUAACUGCGCAUUCCCAGUAAUAGAAUGUGGAAGUUAUGAUGAUAAUGCAAGCCUCAAAAUUGCGACUAUUUUGGUCUCAUAUGCUCCAGAAAUUUAAUCCGUGCAACCUGGGAGCAUUUGUGCGAGUGCUAAUAAUUGUUGUUGUGCAACCUGUUUUCUGUGCACUGGUUGACCGGCCAUAAAUCAGAACCAGACAGUUUUUAGUUUUAUUUUGGCCAAUCUCUGUUCCGGACUUGCACACAAACUGCAUUGCAAUAAUUUCCCAAAAUGUCAUUUGUGUGAAAAUAUUACCAAGUCUGUAAACAGGACGUUAAUAGGCCAUAGACGAAACGUGCUGAAGAUGGAUGCAAAGAAGAGAAUUGUAGCAGGUACAGCAAGUUCACUGUUUACAAUCGUGAAAAAUAAGAAAAAUAUAGUCAAUUGGGGGUGGGGGUUUAUAUGAAUGUUUCUCUGAAGGAAACUGUCUUCAGAAAAGUGUUGAUGGCAUUUUCUUUUCCUUUGUGUACAGGUGUACCCUAAGAAGUGCUAUAUCACUGCUGUAUCACAAGUGCCACCUACUGUCAGAGAGUGAAUUUGCAUUUUCAUUCAGUCAGUCUGCUGUUUUUGUUUUGUGAAGGUCUUAUGUAGCAUAAUUUCACAAAUCUAAAGUUCGGUUUUUACUUUAAAUCUUGAAAUUAUACAAUAAUUUAAAUCAAAAUAAAUUAUAUCUUUGUAUCUGUAUUUGUAUCUUUGUAAUGAAAUGUGUAUCUUUGUUUGGAUCAUAAUUAAAAUGCAGUGGUGCAUGUAA